CGCACCCCCAUUCCUCCCGAAGGUAUAAGAGGCGGGGAUGUGGGUGGGUUGCAGCAUUCUUUGUGAAAGUGCUUGUGAAAUUUUGGCCAUUAUUGGGAGAGGAAAGGGCACUGGUGGGAAAGCUCGAUGGAAGGUGAAGUCCCUGUCGUCCCGGGCUGGCCUGCAGUUCCUGGUGGGCCGUGUUCACAGGCUCCUGAGAAAGGGUAACUAUGCUGAGCGUGUGGGUGCCGGAGCGCCGGUCGAUCUGGCUGCGGUGCUCGAGUAUCUGACGGCUGAAAUCCUCGAGCUGGCCGGUAACGCGGCCCGGGACAACAAGAAGACCCGCAUCAUCCCCAGGCACCUCCAGCUGGCCGUGCGCAACGACGAGGAGCUCAACAAGCUGCUGGGAGGGGUGACCAUCGCUCAGGGUGGGGUGUUGCCUAAUAUCCAAGCCAUGCUGCUGCCCAAGAAAACCGCCGCUGGGGGCGCCGCUAAAAAGUAAAGAGACCGCUAUUUCAUCUGACGACCCAAAGGCUCUUUUAAGAGCCACCCACAGCAUCUGUGAAAGAAACUAGUCCCUCCCCACUGUCGGAAUGACUUGUUUGCUUUAAUUGUUUGAUGUUAGUUUCAGUCCCGUUGUUAUUGGAUACUCUUACUGUCACUGCGUGUAUGAUCUAACAUGAAAUGUUUAUUAAUAGCCUACAGUCGGUCACGUUCACGUUAAGAACGGAAGCCCAUGGAGAGUGAAACGUUUAUCAUGAAUUUAUAGUAAAUCGCAAUUGUAAUAGCGUUAGGAUUGCAUUAUUUGUUCCUGCUCUGUAACGGCCUCUGACUUUAAUCAUCGUCCUAUGAAUGUAUCUCUCUGUCUCACCGGUUUCAUAUUUCCUUUGAUGGCAUUUAGGAAUACCCAAUGUAGCAAGUACAUUCAGUUUUAAUGAUGAGUGGUCACGCUCAACUUCACCUCGACGCUUUAUUCUCGAUUACUUUCGUGAACAGACUCCUCCUUCAUGCCCGUCGAGAGGGGGCAUAAUAAAGGCCACAGUCAUUUUCAGCCA